AUGAUCACCUCUCAGUGGUGGAAAAAGGAUGAAAACUUCUUGAGAACUGCAUUUUGGUUUUCGUCGAACGGCUUUGGUAGCAUCAUGGGCAGCGCAAUUGCCUAUGGACUGGCCAAGCACGCGGAUUCAUAUUCUAUUGCUCCAUGGAAGGUUCUGUUCAUUAUAGUUGGUUUAAUGACUAUUUGUGUUGGAAUCGCCUUUUACUUCCAUAUUCCAAACACGCCGGCCGAAGCAUGGUUCUUGACUGAGGAGGAAAAACUGCUGGUCGUUGAGAGAAUCAGAACUAAUCAACAAGGUUUUGGUAAUAAGCACUUCAAGAAAGCUCAGUUUAUAGAAGCCUUGAAAGACUACAGGACAUGGUUAUUCUUCUUUUUUGCCUUGGCCUCGGACAUUCCAAAUGGCUCGCUGACAAACUUUGGCUCCAUCCUAAUGAAAGAAGACUUCGGAUACUCUACCCUGGAAUCAUUGAAGAUGGGAAUGAUUCCAGGUUUGGUCGAGUUUGUGGGUUGUAUCGCAUUUUCCGCAUGUGUUCGCUUUGUUAAACAUAGAAUGCUGGUGGCACUCCUUGUGAUAAUCUUCGGUAUUGUUUGCUCAUGUAUGCUCGCCUUCGCAAAACACAAUAAGGAGGCCAGAUUGGCUGGUUAUUUUUUGCUGAACCUCCAGCCCAUUGGUUACUUCUGUCUUCUGUCUUCGUUUGCUGCGAACACCGCCGGACAUACGAAGAAAGUCACUGUUGAUGCAAUUUACCUUAUCGGCUAUUGUGUUGGUAAUUUGAUAGGCCCACAGACUUUCAUCGCGUCUCAAGCGCCAUCAUACAGUGGGGGGAAGAUUGCCAUGGUUGUCGGUUACUCUGUUUCAUUUGUGCUGAUGAGUUUCAUUUACGCAUCCUAUUAUUUUGACAACAAAAGAAGAGACAAGGCUGAAUUGGAGAGAGGUGGCCCGGUUCAAUUGCCAGAGAAUGCUGAGUUCGCAGACCUGACCGAUUUGGAAAACCCAAACUUCAGAUACUCUCUGUGA